GGAUACUCAUAUCUAACCACUAGUACACCAACUUGAUUGAAGUACUACAUACGAGUAAUAAAAUAUUUAUUUAAAAAUAAAUAAAUAAUAGGAAAAAAUUAGAAUUAAAAAGGGUGAGAUAAUGUUUGUCGUGAUCAUCAUCAACGUCGUGAUCAGGAGCUUUUCUGUGUCUCAUACUCUUGCAGUAGCAGAGAGCGCUACCUUUUAACUUCCUGCUACGACUAUUUAACACACCCGUUUUCAUUUCUUGUCUCCCAAUGUGACUAACGUUGAUUUCUUUUCUCUCACCUCUCUUUCUCUCUCCUCAUUCUUCAGCAUUAAUAACCGACCUACACCUCUUCCUCUUACUCCAACAUUAGUAUCUUUGAAGUGUUAAUUUUUUGAAUUCCAGUUUCUUCCAUCAAUGGCGAUUGAUUCCUCUCCGAUGGAUUUUUGCCGCAUUUUAGUUGUCAGCGAUGAUGGAUCAAAUACCGGGAAUUCGCAAUAUGUGGAGCAAUUAGAAAGUCAUGUAUGUGUGGAUGCUUCAGUGAUAUGCCACAAAUCAGUUGAAAUGGAAACUUCAGGCUCAUUUCCUCCUUGCGUAGUGACAGUAGAUAUUGAGAAAGGGGUAGAUGAUGUUUCGCAAAUAGAUCAAGAUACGUGUGGAAGUAUCAAAACUGAGAUUUCAUUAACUAAACCAUUGCGAAGGCAAAAUAGUUUGCUAGCAGGAGGAGAAUCUAUUCCUCCUUUGAUGAAUCACAUCUUAAUGUUGCUCAAGCUUGAUGAUAAAGAAAAGCAAGGAAUAGAUCAGAAGCCGCAAGAUGCUGCUAGUAACCGAUCGCGAAAGUGUAAGCGUGCGGGGUUAUUUGAUUCACGACAGAUUGUUCUUCUGUUCUCUAUUCUGUCAAGUAUGGGGACAAUAGUGCUGAUAUUACUUACACUCAGAGUUAGACAACAGUGACGGCUAUGUUCAUGGCUGACUUGAGAGACUGCCCACCUUUUAUUUAUUUUUUUUUUCACCCUUUUUCGUAUAAAAUUUCGUAAUUUUGUAUUCUCAAGUUUUCAGUCGGAGAUUGCCGUUGUAUGGAUUGUUAGCAUCUCUUGUUUGGGCUUUAUGUCAUGUACAUAACCAAGUUCAAUCACUUAAUAGGAGUUGUCUCGCUUUUUUGAUCACGCAGCGCAAAGAUUCUUUUUGCACAAAUUCUUAUACGAUGUCUUUGAGACG